AAAAGAAGCGUCACGCCCCCUCUUUCCCAUCGUCCAAUCAGAUGUGAGGAAGCAGAAAAUUCUUCCUGUUCAGUUCUUCUUGUAUAACUCGGUGUAACUGCUCAGCUGACUGACAGCUAUGCGGUUCCGUUUCUGUGGAGAUAUGGACUGCCCAGACUGGGUACUUGCAGAAAUUAGCACAUUAGCGAAGAUUUCAAGUGUCAAAAUGAAACUCCUCUGUGCUCAAGUGCUGAAGGACUUGCUUGGGGAAGGCAUUGAUUAUGACAAGGUUGCAAAACUUACUGCAGAUGCAAAAUUUGAGAGCGGAGACAUCAAAGCCAGUGUGGCAGUGCUCAGCUUCAUUUUCUCUAGUGCAGCAAAGCAUGAUGUUGACAGUGAAUCUCUGUCCAGUGAAUUGCAGCAGCUCGGUCUGCCUAAAGAACACACAACGGGGCUCUGCAAAUCAUAUGAAGACAAGCACUCUGCACUGCAAGACAAACUAAGAGAGACAAGCCUGAGACUGGGGCGACUGGAGGCUGUUUCCUGGCGCAUUGACUACACUCUGAGCUCAAGUGAACUAAGGGAGGUGAAUGAACCAGUGAUUCAGCUAAAACUGCAGGCACAGAGAGCUGAGUCAGGCUCCACAGAGACGACUGUUGUUUCUGUUUCUGCUGACAAAGUCAGAGUCUUGCUUGCAGAGCUCAAACAAGCCCAGGCUAUGAUGAAUGCACUACAGUGAAGAGUGGACAGUGAAGUCGGACCUUGAUGUCUGUUCAAGAGCUGGACACAAAUGACGCUGAUAGGCUGCCAAAAGCGGCAUACUUACAUCUUGUACAGUAUAAUUUCUUGAAUGAAUUUAGUAAUCUCAAACGUCAUGUGAAUGACUCAGUCCUUGUUUAGAUUGACUGAUAUUUAGUUGUAUUUUUCUACCACAUUAGUAAUAAUUUGUGGCAAUGUUUCCAAACUGGGAGCAAGAAGCAAGAAUAUUAAAUGGACCAUUUUUGUAAAAUAUUGUAUAUUAAUUACCACCUUUUUAUUUGAAUUAUGUCGAUCAUUUGUUUUUUUUACAUUCAUAUGCUCAUAAAUAACAAAAUAAAUGUGAAACACGGA